UUAAGUAGGUAGUAAGCAACGUUUUCACAGAUUUCUUUCCAUUUAUUUUUUUGGUGGGGUUGAUUCAGGUUUUGCAAAUGGAGAAGUUUCGCAAAAAAAAUCUCUACUCUAAAUCUAACUCUAAUUAAAGAUACCCAUAAACAAUACAAUGUCUGCCAUUGCCAAUCUCAAUCUCAGGGCACUCUGUAAAGAGGGUCGUUUGAAGGAGGUUCUACACACUCUGCUUUCUACACCCAACAGUCCGCUAGAGCCUUCUACAUAUUUUCAACUACUCCAGACCUGCAUUGAUAAGAAUGCACUUUCAGAGGGUAAGCAAAUCCUCUCUCACAUCAAUAAUGGUGGACAUCCAUUUGCAACAAACAUUUCCUUACAGAAUAAAGCCAUCAACAUGUAUGACAAGUGCGGAAGUGUGGUAGAUGCUCGCAAAACUUUUGACCAGAUGACUGAACGAGAUGUCUUCUCAUGGAAUAUGAUAAUUGCAGCUCAAAGAAGACAUGGGUUUUGUCAAGAAGUAUUCACACUUUUGCGCCAAAUGCAACAAACGGGUGUGGAACCCAAUCAGUUUACCUUUGCCAGCGUCCUCCCCGCUUGUGCCAAAUUGGGAGCUUUGGAACAGGGCAUGGAAACCCAUCAAAGAAUAAUUGAAAGUGGGUUUCUGUCGGAUGUUGUAGUUUCAAAUGCCCUGGUAGACAUGUAUGCAAAAUGUGGAAACAUACGCAAGGCACGCGAAUUGUUCGACAAAAUACCUCAACCGAAUGUAGUUUCGUGGAAUGCUAUGGUUACUGGGUAUGCACAAAAUGGUCUUCUACAUGAGGCUUCAAGGCUUUUUAGAGAAAUGCCUCAGAAAAAUGUAGCCUCUUGGAAUACAAUUCUUGUGGGAUAUGCUCAAAUUGGUGAUCUUGAUGAGGCUUUAAGGCUUUUUCACGAUAUGCCUCAACCCAAUGUGGUCUCAUGGACUGCAAUCAUUUCGGGACAUGCACAACACGGACUUGUUGAAAAAGCUUUAGAGUUUUUUGAGCAAAUGCAGUUGGCUGGUGUAAAGCCGAACUCAGCAACAUUUGCCAGCAUCAUUCCAACGUGCUCAAAGAUGGGAUCUUUGGAACUUGGUAUGGAGAUCCAUCAAAUAAUAACGGAAAGAGGAUUUUUGUCUGACACAAUGGUUGCAAAUGCCUUGAUAGAUAUGUAUGCAAAAUGCGGAAGAGUACUUAAGGCACGCAAAUUAUUUGAGAAAAUGAUUAAUCCAAAUGUUAUUUCAUGGACUACAAUGCUUACAGGGUAUGUACAAAAUGGGGUUCUUGACGAGGCUUUAAGGAUUUUCAAGAUAAUGCCUGAACGAAACGAGGUUUCAUGGAAUGCUAUGAUUGUAGGAUAUGCUCAAAAUGGUGUUAUUGAGGAGGCUUUAAGGCUUUUCAAAGAAAUGCCACAACCAAAUGUGGUGUCAUGGACUGCUAUCAUUGCUGGGUAUGCACAUGAUGGGCUUGUUGAAAAAGCCUCAGAUAUUUUUAAGCAAAUGCAAAUGGCAGGUGUAAACCCAAAUUCAGCUACCUUUACCAGCCUGCUACCAGCAUGUGCCAAGAUGGGAGCGUUGGAGCAGGGUAUGGAACUCCAUCAAAAAAUAAUUGAAGGCGGACUUUUGUCGGAUGUUGUGCUUUUGACUGCAUUGUUAGACAUGUACGCCAAAUGUGGAAGCAUACAAAAUGCAAGCAAAUUGUUUGAUAGAAUGUCUUUUCGAGAUGCAGUCUUAUGGAAUGCAAUCAUUUCAGGAUGUGCACAAAAUGGGCGUUUUGAGAAGGCCUUGGAGAUUUUUAAGCGAAUGGCAUUGGCAGAUGUAAAGCCAAACAAAACAACAUUUGUGAGCAUCCUGCCAGCUUGUGCUAAACUUGGAGCUUUGGAACAGGGUAUGGAGAUUCAUCAAAAAAUAAUUGCAAGCGGAUUUUUGUCAGAUUUUGUACUUGCAAAUGCACUCAUAGACAUGUAUGCGAAAUGUGGAAGUGUACAGAAGGCAGAUGAACUAUUUCAUAAUAUGCAGCAUCCAAAUGUGGUGUCGUGGACUACGAUAAUUGCAGGAUAUGCAAUGCACGGCUAUAGCAAGGAUGCCCUCAGGCUCUUUGAACUAAUGAAGCUCUCUGGAACCAAUCCCAAUCAUGUAACCUUUCUUUGUGUUUUAUUUGCCUGCAGCCAUGCAGGUCUAGUUGAUGAUGGUUGUAACUACUUCAAAUGCAUGAGUGACUCUUAUUGCAUUAUGCCUACAAUGGAUCAUUUUGUAUGCAUGGCUGAUCUUCUUGGCCGUGCUGGCUAUCUUCAGGAAGCCCUUAGCUUUGUAAUCAAAAUGUCAACAAAACCUGAUCUGUCUGUGUGGAUUUGUUUGCUUGGCGCUUGUAGAUCACAUAAGAAUGCAGGCUUAGGAGGAUAUGUGGCAACACUUCUUUUUGAGCUAGAACCUAAUAAUGCUGCACCUUAUGUUCUUCUGUCAAAUAUUUAUGCAGAAGUUGGCGAGUGGGGUGAAAUUCAAAAGAUAAGAAAAUUGAUGAUAGAUAGAGGAAUAAAAAAGGUACCUGGAUGUAGUUGGAUUGAAAUCCAUAAAACUGUGCAUGCUUUUUGUGUAGGAGACAUGUUACACCCACAAACACAGGAGAUCUACGCAAAGUUGGACGAACUAUCUUCGGAGAUGAUGGCAGCUGGAUACAUUCCAGAUACAAAACCUAUAAGAAAUGAUGUGGAGGAGGAGGAGAAGGAAUCUCUUCUCAGCCACCACAGUGAGAAGUUGGCAAUUGUGUUUGGGUUAUUAAACACACCCCCAGGAACAACUAUUAGAGUUGUCAAGAACCUUCGAGUAUGUGGUGACUGCCACACUGCAACCAAGUUCAUUUCCAAGAUUGUCUCUAGAGAAAUUGUUGUGAGAGAUGCAAAAAGGUUUCAUCAUUUCAGGGAUGGACGUUGUUCUUGUGGAGAUUAUUGGUGAUGCUAUGUGAAGCAAGCUAUAAAUUAACCACCUCUCCCAAUUGUAGCAUCGUGGAUAAAACUACUUGGAGACAAUUUGACAUUCUUUGGAGGAUCCAAAGAGGAUAAAUGACAACCACAAACUGCCAGCAAAGAAAAUAACAAAUCAAAGAGGACAGCAGACCAUUUUUGAGAAAAACAUGCCCCGAGAUCACUCAAACUGUCAUCUGGGGUGAAAAAUAAGGAAUGAAUUGAAUGACGCAGGGAUGAGACUAUUUAGUGAGGUAAAACGCAAAAAUCCAGCAGGCAGCAGAAAAGGGAACUUGUUCUAGAGAGCCCUGAAAAACAGGGAAAAUUUGAAAAUGCUCAUAAUGAAAAUCUGAAAGAGGUUUUUGUUCAUCUAAGUAUGCUAAUGGAAACCUCUCUCUGUUCUUGUACAGCAGUAAUCGCUAGAAAGGUCUAACCAUUUGAAGGCUGCCAAAAGCUUCAUUUUGACAGAGCUCCUUUUUUAUGUGCUCUAGAAUGAGUGACUAUUGGCUUAUUCUUUAAAACUUUUUUUUGCUUCAAAAUAACUGGGCUGAGGGUUUAUUUAUAUGGAAGUUAAAAAAAGGCCCCUUCUUGUUGUCUACGGAGUUAUGCAGUUUCUAGAGGCAGAGGUGUUGUGUAACCUAGCUCUGAACAUUUCUGGGAAAGGUGACCACUAGAGAGCUUUGCUAAAUAUUGUUCUAGACUUCUAGUUGUUAGCAAAUUGAAAAGAGAUUGAAGUGGUAUUUGUAGAUACUGUAGCACAAUAUUUUCAAUGACUCCAGAGCAAAAACUGCACAAUAACAAUAAAUCUCUAAGGUGUUUUGAAUGAGAGACGAACUCUGAAUUUAUAGACUCAAAAGAGAGACCAACGGUCAAGAUCAAUUAGCAAUGAGUGGAUGAGAUUAUUCAAUAAAAAGCACAUUUUAGGAUAAUUGAAAUAAU